CCGGAAACUGAUGCUUCUAUUUGGCUAACUUUGCACAGCAGGAAGUGUGUGAGUGAACUAGUGAUUACGGAACUAAGAGCUUAGCCAGAAUCAAAUAAAUAAAGGAUUAAUCUCGAAUUACCUCCCGUGUAAUCCUGCAACUCUUUCCACGAUGUCUCGGCAAUCCAACCGAACGACAGACAGCAAGAAAAUGAACUCUGAACUGUUCACAUUGACCUAUGGGGCCCUGGUGACCCAGCUUUGUAAGGACUAUGAAAAUGAUGAGGAAGUCAAUAAACAGCUGGACAAGAUGGGAUACAACAUCGGAGUGCGUCUGAUUGAGGACUUCUUGGCGCGUUCCAGCAUUGGCAGGUGUCAGGAUUUCCGAGAAACAGCCGAUAUCAUCGCUAAGGUUGCAUUUAAGAUGUAUCUGGGAAUUACCCCCAGUGUGACCAACUGGAGUCCAGGAGGAGAUGAAUUUUCUCUGAUUCUGGAGAACAACCCGCUGGCUGACUUUGUGGAGCUGCCAGAUAACCACAGCACGCUCAUUUACUCCAAUCUACUGUGUGGUGUCCUCAGAGGAGCUCUGGAGAUGGUCCAGAUGGCAGUGGAUGUGAAGUUUGCCCAGGACAGUCUCAGAGGGGACAACGUUACAGAAAUCCGCAUGAAGUUCAUCAAGAGGAUUGAAGAAAACCUCCCAGCCGGAGAGGAGUGACAGAAAAACAAAGACACUUUUAUUUUGUUUAGGUGUAUUUUUUUGAGUUGCGUGGCAUGUUUCUUAAUUUAUGCAUAUAAUUUUUUCUCAAUUAAAUCAACAUUAAUCAAUGUA